CACUCACACUCUCUCAUUUCUCAGAGUACAGCCAGUGGUGAACACCAGAAGCCCGAGCAGGGACAGAAAACAAACUCAAGUCUAACUCGGGACAGAAACAAUUCGUCUUUGGUUUAAAGUGCCAAAAUACCCGUGCGUCAUUACGCAUUAAAACAGCAAAACAAUGAGUGUCACCGCCGCUAUGGAAGUGAACGCCGAAGCCAGAAGGAUCCUGGCCGUGUCGAUAAGUAAGCUGUACGCGUCCAGGACCCAGAGAGGCGGACUGAGACUCCACCGGAGCCUCCUGCUCUCCCUGGUCAUGAGGUCCGCCCGGGACAUCUACCACUCCUCUCGGGAGAGCGAGGGGCCAACGGCGGAGGAGCCAAUGGACACCAGCUCCGACCCCAGGGAGGAACAACAACAACAAGAAGCCGGCGUGCCAGAGCCCGAGCCGGCACUAAUCUCCUCAGAGCCGGACUGCCUGGAGGAGGAAACCACCGAGGACAAAGAGAACCUGAGCCCGACCAGGCAGUCCAGGAAACGCCGGGGCAAGGCGUCGGCGGCGCCUGACUUCCUCCCCAGCAAGAGGGCGAGGCUGGAGCCCGGGGAGGAGAGGUAUGCGGCCCCACUGGGCAGCUGUCGCGUCGGGGCCGGGGACUCUCUGAGCGCUUUGUCUCUAAAUCGGGUUAUACCUGCCUGCUGAACAGAUGGAGGGAGAAAAUAGCCUCCAAUGAGACUGCACAUCGGAGUGAUUCUCCACUCAUCGUUAACCUAUAAGGGCGGUUUGAUCCCUUUACGCACCGAGGAGCUGACCUACAUCGGCGCGUCCCGGGACAAAGGGAUUACCGGGCCAUGGUGCGAGCUCUCCGGGACGUUAAACCCUGAGACAGAAGAGGAAGGAGAAGUAGAACCCGUGCCAAAAGGAGCUAACUGUGGCCGGAAAGUUUGAGGAAGAACCAGAAGGGGAACUAAGUGUGUUGCUUUUUGUUUCCCAGUGAUUCACCUUCAGUAAAAUGAGUCCAAACAAGUGAGUGCUGCUGACUCAAAGAGUGUGUAUGUGUGAUUCAGCACCGAGAGAUGUGAGUCACAGACACAAACUAAGACUUCAGGGAAUUUCCUGCCUUUGUGUACCGGGAUAUGAGACUCUUACACUGAAAGAGGAAGGACUUAAACACACAUUCAACUGCUGCUGUGGACUCUGAUCAGUCGAUACUACUGCUUAAGGACUGACCUGCAAACUCACUUCACAUGGUGCUUUGACAUCAGUCUGUCCACAUGGUGAUGGAAGCCCAGAAUUCUUACUUUUUAUGUUUAUAUGUCUCUAAAAUGUGUGUUUUUUAUAUGUUUAACCUGUGAAAAUGAGAUUACCUCACAUUCCAAGCUGCUUUUUUACUGGUGUGAUGGAUUAAAGGUGUAAAUGUUUGGAAUAAACAUUUAAAAAGUAA